CUAUUAUAAAAAUAAACUAACCCUUCAACACGCUCUUCUUUUUCCCGUCUUCUUGAAACAUUUUCAGAACUAUCACCCUUAUUUUCUUCCUCAUUUGGUGGUUAAAAAGUAGAAUGAGAUAAAUAAAGGAUAGUGUAAAGAGAAAUUCCUCUUUAUAUGUGGCCUUCUGUGAUUAAACGUUUCCCCUCCCUUUAUGCUUAUUAUUGAAAAGCAGUUGAGGACGGGAAUGUGAGGACUAGAUGGGUCAAGAAACGCAUCUCACUUAUAGCAAUGUUGAAGAUUUUCCCGCCAAAACAAGCACUUGUCUACAUCCAUCACACUUUAAGAUCAAUCUCUUCAUCAUCAAUAUCGAAACUUUCAUCAUCACCAUUUGAGUCGCCCUCAAAUCUAACAAAUGCUAUACUGAAUUCCAGAACUCCUUACCAAGCACUCAACCUUUUCAAUUCCUCUUCAAAGAAGCUCAACCCAACCAAGUAUCUUGCACCCUAUGCGGCGAUUAUUCAUGUCUUAACCAAUGCUAAAUUGUACUCAGAGGCUAGGUGUUUGAUGAAAUACCUCACUGAAAAUCUCCUUAACUCUCGCAAACCCCACCGUGUCUGUUAUGCGCUCUUUAAUGCUCUUAACAGUUUACGGAGCCCGAAAUGCACUCCCGAUGUGUUCGGGACGUUGAUUAUUUCAUUUUCCGAGAUCGGUUUCAUUGAAGAGUCUUUGUGGGUUUAUCGCAAAAUCAGAGUUUUGCCUGCUAUUCAGGCGUGUAAUGCAUUGUUAAAUGUGUUGGUUAAGAAGGGGAGGUUUGAUGCCAUGUGGGAACUUUACGAGGACAUGCUGUCGCGUGGCUUUGUUGCUGGAGUUGUCACAUAUGGGGUAUUGAUUGAUGGCUGCUGUGGUGAAGGUGAUGUUUUGAAAGCGCGUUGUUUGUUUGAUGAGAUGGUUGAGAAGGGGAUUAAACCCACAGUGGUAAUUUACACGAUUCUUAUUCGUUGUUUGUGCAAUGAGAGUAAGAUGAUGGAGGCUGAAAGUAUUUUCAGGUCAAUGAGAGAAUCUGGCGUGCUUCCUAAUUUGUACACUUACAAUGCUCUAAUGGAUGGUUACUGCAAACAGGCCAACAUGAAACGAGCACUUGACUUGUAUAAAGACAUGUUAGGACAAAAUUUGCUGCCAAAUGUUGUUACAUUUGGUAGCCUAAUAGAUGGGCUGUGCAAAGUGGGUGAACUGAGAGCAGCAAGAAAUUUUUUCAUUUGGAUGGCUAAGUUUGGUGUUGUUCCUAACAUAUUUGUGUAUAAUUGCUUGAUUGAUGGCCAUUGUAAGGCAGGGAAUAUCUAUGGAGCAAUGGGUUUUUUGUCUGAGAUGAAAAAGUUUCAAAUCUUGCCAGAUGUAUUCACUUACAGUAUACUUAUUAAGGGUCUCUGUGGUGUGGGUCAAGUGGAAGAAGCAGAUGGCUUAUUUCAAGAAAUGAAUAAAGAGGGAGUUGUUAUGAAUGCUGUGACAUACAAUUCACUUAUUGAUGGAUACUGUAAAGAAGGCAACAUGAAGAAGGCUUUGGAUGUGUGUUGUCAAAUGACUGACAGGGGUGUCGAACCCAACCUCAUAACCUUUUCCACUUUGAUUGAUGGUCAUUGUAAGGUGGGAAACAUGGAGGCUGCCAUGGGUUUGUACUCAGAAAUGCUAAUUAAAAGCCUUGUGCCCGAUGUUGUUGCUUAUACAGCUUUGAUUGAUGGUUUUUGCAAACAUGGUAACUUAAAAGGAGCUCUCCAGCUGCAUAAGGAGAUGUUAGAAGCCAGACUCACUCCCAAUGUUUUCACAAUUAGUUGCUUGAUUGAUGGUCUAUGUAAAAGCGGAAGGAUUUCUGAUGCAAUCAAGUUGCUUUUGGAGAACACUGAUAAAAGAGAAGGCUGCUAUAGUUCUCCUAAUCGUGUGAUGUAUACAUCACUUAUUCAAGCUUUGUGCAAAGAUGGGAGAAUCUUAAGAGCCAGUAAGUUCUUCUCAGAUAUGAGAAAAGAUGGUUUUAGCCCAGAUGCGAUUGCUUAUACUGUCAUGUUACGGGGUCAUUUUCAGGCCAAGCAUAUGCUUGAUGUAAUGAUGCUGCAUGCAGAUAUGAUAAAGAUGGGUAUCCUGCCCAAUGCUGUCAUUUACCGGAUCAUAGCUCAGGGUUACCAAGAGAAUGGUUAUCUGAAUUCAGCUCUAAGCUGUUCCAAGGAUUCAAAAGAACUAGCAAUUUUGGUGUUUUGACCAAGAUUCUUUCCUUCGUCAUUUGAAGCAACAGUUACUGGUGAAUGUGGACAAGAUUUGGCAUGAUUUUGGUGUCUCUUAUAGGACCCUUGGCAAUUUCAAGUAGACGUGGAGCUGCUUCAUUCUCUGCAUUGGCCCUUAGAAGUGGGCAAGUUGUAUUGCCAGGUUUUAAGUGGGGAAGAAUGAUUUGGGGAACAGUACACCAACAAUCCUCCUCGUAAACAAGUUUUCCUCUUCAGUGUACAGUGCAAUUAUUCUUCUCAUUCCUUGAGGAACAAAAUCAUGAUAUCAAGAGCAUCCUUUAUUCUUGAAGACCUUGUGAGUUGCCUAACAAUAACUGUACAUAAUCUUGAUAAGCUUCAAUGGCAGCUUGUGAAGAGCAGAAAUUAUUGUAAUAAAAG